GGUUUUCUCUCUCGUUUCAAGAUGUCCUUCGCUGUACCACCGUACCCCUCUGCCCCAAGACCAGAACGAAUCGAAAACGAUGGACUAUCGCAGUACCCACCUUACGACAGCCGGAGCGUGAAACCAGACGAGGUGACCGUGGAGACCUUUGACCGGCGCUCGAUCACCAGGACACCGAGUCCGACGCCGAGCGAACAGGAGUACCUGAGCCGCGACACCAUGUUGGACCCCAAAGCGAUGUUCAGACGAGAGUACUGGCGCAAACCGAAGAAUCUCAUCAACGUCGCGAUCACCGUCUUCGCCAUCACAGUGGCCAUCUUGAUAUCUGUCUACCAGAAGAAGAUCUUCCAGGCUCUGAAGCCGUUCUCCAACUGGAUGCACGAUACCCCAGGCGGAUGGCUAAUACCGAUUGCUCUCCUGAUCGUUCUCUCGUUCCCUCCUCUUUUCGGCCACGAAAUUGUCGCUAUUCUCUGUGGCGUUGUCUAUGGCCUAGGGAUUGGGUUCGUCAUAGUCGCAGUCGGGACCCUGAUUGGCGAAAGCCUUAACUUCGCCGUAUUCCACUACUUCUGCCGAGAACGAGCGGGGAAGCUGGAGAAGAAGGAAAUUUUCUAUGGGUGCCUCGCGCGUGUCGUUCGCGAGGGAGGAUUCAAGAUUGCGCUCAUCUCGAGGUACAGCGCUAUUCCGGGCCAUCUGACCACGGCGCUUUACUCGACAUGCGGACUGGGGUUCUGGAUCUUUUUGGCUGCGGCCGUUCUGUCGUUGCCCAAGCAAUUUGUGCUGAUUGCAGUGGGCGUUCUCUCCGAAGAUGCGGGAGAAGGCAAGGGCCCGAAAGGCGCGAACACGAUAAGUAUCAUCGUUAGCAUCAUUUUAGGAGUCGCGACGUCGCUUGCGUACCAUUACAUUCUGAAGAAGAUGGCCGCCGUCAAGAAUGACAUCAUCUACCAAAGACGCAAAGAGCGACAAAGGAAAACGGCCUUUGCAUCAAGCUCGGACGAGGCGCUCAUUCCGAGCUACAAGUCGGACGCGUGGCAACCCGGUCAUCACGCAGGUGCGAGCAGCAGCUCCUCCACCAUCGUUGGAGGCGGAGUCGUUCGCGCUCCGCAGCCGGUACGCGUUGGUCCCGCGGCCUCUGAAAUAUAUGAUAAGGUGUGAGGGAGUUCCGGGGCUUGAGGCGGGGUGCGGCGAUGUACAUUGUAUUAUUAUUAUUAUCGCCCAUCUUCUAU